CAGAUAGAAUGGCCGUGAGCUAUGAUUUUCAGAGCACAGCUGUUUAUACAGCCGAAUCCCUUUUCAGGAUUUGGAUACCUGAAACCAUAUGGCUGUUGUUGGUCAUAUUUAAGUUUGGUUUCCGCAACUUCGAGGUGAUUCCAACUGGAUGAGACAUUCUUCUAUCAGAGAUAUGUUGCUAUGAACUGCAUACACAUUGGAAGAAUGCUACUGGAACUGGAAGUACAUAAGGGAUUAUAAACUUGCAUUGUUGCUGACAGUCUUGAAGGUAACAGGGUACAGGUGUUGUGAGGUUGUGUACUUCAAAUGCAGGCCACCGUUAGCGAAAUCUCUUCUCCGGCUCUUCACAAAUGGAAAAAAAUUGCCUAUGGAGGGAUGCAACCUGGGUUUGAUGACAAUCACACUGAUGAGUCUUUUCUUGAAGCAAUGGUUAUGAAUGCUAAUGUUGUUAGACGCGAUAUGCUAAAGGUGAUGCUGGAUUCAGUUUCCAUCUCUGAGUAUUUAUGCAUUGUUGCUCUUGUGGUCUUGGUUUGGACAUACACUCUUAGAUCUACAUUUAGUGACAAAUCUCUCUUACUUCUUGAUGUAAGCCUUCUUGGGUCAGGUUUCUUUAUUCUUCUUCUAACUAUAGAAAGGUUUUCCUUCAAUCUUCUUCUCAGUUAUGUUCUUAAAAUCUCUUUUUUCAUAACUGGUUUAUAUGUAUUGUCUCCUAUCUACCACACACUCACCAGGUCCAUAAGCUCAGAUUCCAUAUGGGCACUAACUGCUUCACUUGUUGUACUCCAUCUCUUCCUGCAUAACUACUCGGGAUUCACUGUAAAAUUUCCUGGGGCUGUUGAAAAUCCAACCUUUACAAGCAAUAUCUCUUUAAAUGCUUCUGUUGUGGCUUCACUUUUGAUUGCUUCUCGCCUUCCAUCAAGGCUUCAUGUUUUUGCUAUUGUGUUAUUCUCCUUGCAAGUUUUUCUUUUCGCGCCGCUGGUAACUUAUUGUAUCAAGAAAUAUUCUUUCCGGUUGCACCUGUGCUUCUCAUUUGCAUUGAUGGCUGUGACAUUGGUUUGUGUCUAUAGGUUGCACAGAUUGCUUUUUGUGUUCUUGUUGGCUGUUUUGGUUUUUGUUAAUUUGCUGUGUCCUUAUUGGCUGAUAAGGAUUCAAGAAUACAAGUUUGAGAUAAAUGGUCCAUGGGACGAGGCUAAGCUUUGUUUUAAUAUAGCAGAGUGAAGUUAUUUCUCUAGCCUCAUUAGGAUAGUCUUAUGACUGUAGCAUCCUAGCAUCAUCUUUUGUACGUUCCCAAGUUCCCAAGUUCCUCUCUCUCUAGUUGUGGAUGUGGGAGUUGUGUGUGGAUUAUUUUAUUAUUUUUUUUUUUUGGAGGGGGUGAUUUAAAAUUUUCGAAUUAUAUCCACUUUUGAGCAGUUUCUAUCAGAUUUGGUCAUGCAGUGUUCAUAUUCAUCUGAUUUCUGUAUGGUUUUUCCCUUGAUUGUGGUAUUCUAUUGUUGCUCAUUGGCUCAUGGGGUUAGUCUUUGAUGUAUAUGGUGGGUUCACGGGUUCACGGGAUAGCAUGUAAGGAUU